AUGGCAUCGGCAAGGAAUUUGGCCAAACAUGAUCUACCACAAUUCUAUUUACUAGUGGUUUUAUAUUUUGUUCAAGGUAUUCCUGUUGGAUUAGCCUUUGGUACGAUUCCAUUUCUGUUAAAAUCCAUGUCAAAGACAAUGUCAUUUACAUCAUUAGGUUUAUUUUCAAUGGCUACAUAUCCAUAUUCAUUAAAGAUUCUAUGGUCACCAAUUGUUGAUUCCUGUUAUAGUCAUCGUAUUGGUCGUCGUAGAUCAUGGAUUAUACCUAUUCAAUGCAUCAGUGGUAUAGUUUUAUGGGUGUUAGGACAGGCUGUUUCAAAAGGUAUAGUAUUUCCAGGUGUUGAUGCAUCAUUUGUUAAUAAUAAUAAUAGCAGUAAUGGUAUAGUACCAACUACUGAAAAUUUUAAUAAUGAAAUUGAUGUGUUUUCAUUGACAAUAUUAUUUGGUUCUUUAGUAUUUUUAUGUGCCACUCAAGAUAUUGCAGUUGAUGGUUGGGCAUUAACAAUAUUAUCAAGAGAUUCAUUAUCAUAUGCUUCAACUGCACAAACUGUUGGUUUAAAUAUUGGUUAUUUUUUAUCAUUUACAGUAUUUUUAGCAUUCAAUUCUGCAGAUUUUGCAAAUAAAUAUUUAAGAUCACAAAAUACUCCAACGAUUAAUCAUGGAUUAAUUUCAUUAGGUGGAUAUCUUCAAUUUGCCGGUAUAAUAUAUCUAAUUGUUACAUUAUAUGUUGCAUUAUUUGUUACAGAACAUCCAGGUCGUUCAAAUUAUAAUAAAAGAGUCCAAAGGGGCGGAUUACCAUCGACAACAAAUGAUCUAAUACAACCACAAUAUAAUGAUGAGGAUGAAAAUGAUAAGGAUAAGACAAAGAGUAUUAGUUAUAUUUAUAAAUGCUUUUGGCAAGUAUUAAGAUUACCAGCUGUACAAACACUUGUUGGAGUUCAUUUAGUAUCCAAAAUUGCAUUCCAAUGUAAUGAAGCUGUUACAAAUUUGAAAUUAUUAGAAAAAGGAUUUCGUCGUGAAGAUUUAGCUGUUAGUGUAUUAAUUGAUGUACCAUUUGAAAUUAUAUUUGGUUAUUAUGUUGCUAAAUGGUCAAGUGAUUCCAAUGAUUCAAACAAAUUAAUUAAGGAUGAAUCAAUUGAAAUUAAUGAAAUUCAAAAAAAUUCUCAGAAUGAACAUUUAUCAAAUCAUGGUGCAAGACUUAGAGAUAUUCAAUAUAAGAAACUUUCCACUUUCAAAAGAUUUCAAAAUUUUCUACUUGGUGGUAAUGUUGGUGUAUUAACACCAUGGUUAUAUGGUUAUUUAGGUAGAUUAAUUGCUGCAAUGUUAGGUAGUAUAAUUGUAUUAACAUUUCCAAAAUCUGGUCAAGUGACAAAACCAUAUUUCUUAAUGAUAAUUAUUCAACAUUUAUUAGGUUCAUUCAUGAAUACAGUUCAAUUUGUUGGUAUUUCAUCAUUUCAUACAAGAAUUGCAGAUCCUAUACUUGGUGGUACUUAUAUGACUUUACUUAAUACAGUUAGUAAUUUUGGUGGUACAUGGCCACGUUUAAUUGUUAUGUAUUUUGUUAAUUGGUUUACAUUAUAUCGUUGUCAUGAUGGUACUUUUGUAAGAGGAACACCUGAUCAAUGUCCCAUUAAUGAUGAUACUGUACUAUUAUAUAGGGACGGUUAUUAUAUGGCAAAUGGAUUAUGUAUUUGCCUGGGUAUUAUUAUAUAUAUUAUGGUGAUUAGACCCAAUGCUCAAAAAUUACAACGUUUACCAUUAAGUAGUUGGCGUUGUCGUUUGGAUUGA